CAGUCUAUGGCGUCUUCCAGCUCUUCUCCAUCUUCAACAUCUGUUGUCCCAACAUUCCUAGUCUUUAGAGGCGAUGACACUCAAUACACUUUUAUACAUCAUCUUUAUGCAGCUCUGGUCCAGAAAGGAAAAACUGUGUCCAUAAAUUAUGAGUGGCUCGGAAGUAGGUACCCAGUUUCUCCAGAUCUACUAAAAGUCAUUGAAGAAUCGAAAAUUGCCGUCGUUAUUUUUUCUAAAAGUUAUGCGGAGUAUUUUUGGUGUUUGGAUGAACUUGCUAAAAUCAUGGAAUGCCAGGAACGGAUGGGUCAGAAGGUGUUACCAGAUUUCUACUAUGUUGAUAUAUCGACCAAAGCUUCAAUGUUCGAUUUAUCUGGCCUGUGUUUCUCGGAAACCGUCAAUAAAUCCGUGACUAGAUCUGGAAGAAAUCUCUCUAGUUUCGGGGAUGGAUAUCUACAUCUCACCUCUCUCAUGCCAUGACAGGAUUGGGUGUCGUCGUCGUCGUCGUUGUUGUUAUCCUGCCACACUUGACCAAUCUGCACGAGCAUCUCAAGCGUUUUUAGAGCCUAAUUGGCCUUCUACAUCUGAAAUUUUACAUAUCAAUAAUCGAACAUAGUAGAGCCUGGGCAUACUUUUGGCUUAUAUGCUUACUACUUGCCUCAAAUGUAUCAGAAAUGGAUUCUUAAAAAUGGACUUAGUCCUUUUUGUUAAACGAGGUUCAUUUUUUCAAUGCAUUUGACAGAUUUGGAAAAUGUAUAUCUUUGCGAAGAAGCUUAUUAAGCAAAUUUAAAUUUUCCGUAUAUAAUUUUGUAAAGUAAUAGUU